AUCUUUGAAGACUUGAUGGAAACCCCUCUGCUGAAGAAUUCUUGGACACUGCUUCCCAGACAGCCUCCCACCUGCCCCUACAGCAAUGACACUGACCCAGGCAUUUUUCCCUCUCUUUCAGGACCUCCUGGUCCCACUGGAAGGCCUGGACUCCCAGGGGACAAAGGUGCCAUUGGGAUGCCUGGACGUGUGGGAGUAAAGGGUCAACCAGGCGAGAAGGGGUCCCCUGGAGAUGCUGGGCUGUCCAUCAUUGGUCCCCGCGGUCCCCCUGGUCAACCAGGCACUCGAGGUUUUCCUGGAUUUCCGGGUCCCAUUGGGCUGGACGGUAAACCGGGCCACCCGGGACCAAAGGGGGAGAUGGGUCUGACAGGUCCCCCAGGACAGCCGGGACCUCAGGGACAAAAAGGAGAAAAGGGUCAGUGUGGAGAGUACCCACACCGGCUGCUGCCUCUCCUCAAUUCAGUGCGACUGGCUCCACCCCCGGUCAUAAAAAGGCGGACGUUCCAGGGUGAACAGAGCCAGGCCAGCAUCCAAGGUCCACCAGGGCCCCCAGGGCCCCCUGGACCCAGUGGACCUCUGGGGCACCCAGGACUGCCAGGGCCUAUGGGGCCACCUGGCUUACCUGGGCCUCCUGGACCAAAGGGAGAUCCAGGGAUCCAGGGCUACCACGGCCGGAAGGGAGAACGGGGCAUGCCAGGGAUGCCAGGCAAGCAUGGAGCCAAGGGGACUCCUGGAAUCGCUGUGGCUGGAAUGAAGGGUGAGCCAGGGAUCCCAGGAACCAAGGGAGACCCAGGAGCAGAAGGGAAGCCGGGGCCCCCAGGUUUGCUGGGAAAAAGGGGGCAGAGGGGUGAGAAGGGGGCUGCAGGCUCCCCUGGGCUUCCUGGCCUCUUGGGGCAGAAGGGAGAGAAAGGCGAUGCUGGCAACUCCAUUGGAGGAGGCAGAGGGGAACCUGGCCCUCCAGGGCUCCCUGGGCCCCCAGGGCCAAAGGGAGAAGCAGGUGUCGAUGGCCAGGUUGGCCCCCCAGGGCAGCAAGGAGACAAGGGGGAACCUGGAGCAGCAGGAGAACCGGGAGCAGCUGGAGAACCGGGAGCAGCUGGCCCCAAGGGCUCCAAGGGAGAACCAGGAAAGGGAGAGAUGGUGGAUUACAAUGGAAACAUCAGUGAGGCUCUCCAGGAGAUCCGGACGCUGGCCUUGAUGGGGCCUCCUGGUCUUCCUGGGCAAAUCGGCCCACCUGGAGCUCCAGGGAUUCCAGGCCAGAAGGGGGAGAUUGGACUGCCAGGCCCUCCAGGACACGAUGGGGAAAAGGGACCUCGCGGUAAACCAGGAGACAUGGGCCCUCCUGGUCCCCAAGGCCCCCCAGGAAAGAAUGGACCUCCAGGAAUGAAGGGAGAAAACGGGAACCCAGGGAGCCCAGGAGAGAAGGGGGAGAAAGGGGAGACAGGACAAGCAGGCUUGCCGGUUCCUGGGCCACCAGGGCCAGAGGGGCCCCCUGGACCUCCGGGGCUUCAAGGUGCUCCUGGACCAAAGGGGGAAGCAGGACUAGAUGGAGCAAAAGGAGAGAAAGGUGUCCAGGGAGAAAAAGGAGACCGUGGUCCCCUGGGACUACCCGGUACUCCAGGACCAAUUGGAGUUCCAGGCCCAGCAGGACCAAAGGGCGAGAGGGGCAGCAAAGGAGACCCUGGGAUGACAGGACCAACGGGAGCAGCUGGGCUUCCUGGUUUACAUGGACCACCUGGGGACAAGGGAAACCGGGGGGAGAGGGGGAAGAAAGGCUCUAGAGGGCCUAAAGGGGAUAAGGGAGACCAAGGAGCGCCUGGAUUAGAUGCCCCCUGCCCGUUGGGCGAAGACGGCUUACCAGUCCAGGGCUGCUGGAACAAGUGAUGCCUCUAACCUUGGAUUGGCCUGUGUGUGUUUGUACAUAGAAUAUUUAUUUUUAUACAGUUUUCACUUUUUGAAAAUGCCAGAAGUAUGAUGCCUCUUACAGAUUAUUAAAAAAGAAAAACCUGCAUAUUUUGUACAGAAAAUACCAACCUCUUCCCUUUUGUUUACAAGAUGUUUUGCAUAAGUCUAUGUCUCUAAUACACUUUUUGUUUGUGAGUAUGGUCGUAAUGUCUGCAUGAUAUUUGUGCACACUUAUUAAGUAUUGAAGCUUAAUAAAUUAUUGUGUCCUGGUGCCAAAGGGGGCCAGCCAGAACUCAGGUGCUGGCUAGCUCAUGUGUGAAUUCACACAAAUGUAGCGGUCCAUGAUAUUUGCCAAGCUAGGUGUGUCUAAGAAUAUUUUAAACCCUUGUGGAUCUUCAUUAUUAAAAAAAUGAAACAUGGCAAUUCA